AUGGGGCUAGAUUCACAAGUGAUCCCUGAGAGAGGAAGUUUCAAGUACCUUGAGUCAAUUAUACAGGGGAAUGGGAAAAUUGACGAGGAUAUCACACAUCGUAUUGGUGCAGGAUGGAUGAGAUGGAGGCUCACUUAUGAUGUUUUAUGUGAUAAAAAGGUGUCACCAAAGCCUAAAGUAAAGUUCUACAGAGCGGUGGUCAGACCGACUAUGUUCUAUGGGGAUAAGUAUUGGCCAGUCAAGAGCUCACAUAUUCAUAAGAUGAAGGUAGCAGAAAUGAGUAUGUUGAAAUGGAUAUGCGGGCAUACUAGGAUAGAUAAAAUUAGGAAUGAAGUUAUUCGGGGCAAGAUGGACAUACCCUUAUGGAUGACAAGAUGCGGGAAGCGAGACUUAGAUGGUUUGGAUAUGCGAGGAGGAGAGGCAAAGAUACCCCAGUAA